AUGGCAUCUCUUGCCGCCGCCAAAGAUUCCCCCGACUACUGGGAAAGGACCACCGAGAAGGUGGAACGUGGGAAUGACUCGAAACUGCACGUAACUGUCGUCGGUGGUGGGAUCGGAGGACUUGGGGCGGCCAUUGGUUGUCUGCUGGCCGGUCAUGAUGUCGACGUUCUCGAAGCUGCCGACCAAUUUGGCGAGAUCGGUGCUGGAAUCCAACUUCUGCCAAACGGCUCCCGAAUUCUUUACCGAUGGGGCCUUCGAGAAAUCGUACGGAAGCUUGCCGUCAGACCGGGGAAAGUCAACAUGUGGGGCUGGAAAGGCAACCUGAUCUCGUCGCUGGACUACCAUGACGCCGCUGCUCAAUAUCCGGGCUCUGACUUCUUGGAUUUCCACCGCCCAGUUCUACACAAGAUACUGUUGGACCGGGCCAUCGAGCUCGGUGCCAAGCUCCAUAAUAGUUGCCGGGUGGUGGAUGUACAAUGCCAUGCCGAUGGUUCUGGCGCCAACGUGGUCCUGGCAGACGGGUCGGUAAGGGCGACAGAUCUGGUGGUUGGGGCGGACGGUGUCUUUGGCCACCUGCGAGAGAUUAUGCUAAAGAGACCCGACCCCCCGAUCCGCUCGGGCGACAUGGCUUACAGGAUCACGUUACCGGCGGCGAAGCUUCUCGACGACCCGGAGCUGGCCAUUUUCAUCAAGGAGCCGCAGGUCAACUACUGGCUGGGUCCGGACGCGCAUUGUGUCAAUUAUGUCCUGCGAGGUGGCGAGCUGUUCAACUUUCCCUUGGCCUUGAAGGACGACAUCCCUCUCGAUCAGCCCAACCGGGUCCCAGGCGACGUGAAUGUGAUGCGAGAGUACUUCAAGGACUGGGAACCGAGAAUCACCAAGCUCCUCAGCAAGUGUGAGUCGGUGGAGAAAUGGCGCCUUUGCUACCGCCUGGGUCUGGAUUCCUGGAAUGACCCAAGCGGCUCGUUCACCAUGCUUGGAGACGCCGUCCAUGCCACCGUGCCGUACUAUGCUUCCGGUGCCGGCAUUUGCCUCGAAGACGGAGCCGUGCUCGGCGAAUGUCUAUCACGAAUCAAGUCCAAGUCGCCGACGGAAAAACAACACGCCCUCGCUGUCUAUGAAUCGUGUCGCAAAGAUCGUGCAGUCAUGUUGGUCCGACGGGGGAACGUCCAGCAAGUGCUUUAUCACUUCCCCGAUGGGCCCGAGCAGAUGGAUCGAGAUGAAAAGAUGAAGAUGCAGCCGCCGCCGCCCGGCGAAGCAAUAGCGUGGAGAGACCCAGGCUUCGCGCCGCAGUUGUUCUCGUACGACCAUAUUCAAGAAGUAAGCAAGAUUGCCGCCCUUUCCGAUGGGGUGCAGAACCAGCCUCGCUCACAGUCGUGUCUUUUUUCCAGGUGGAAUCGCGCUGGUCCAAAGCGACUCCUGAGAGCCUCAAUCGCGAGCCACAAGAUGUAG